UGCUCAAGUGCUCACCAUGUAGAGCCCGAAAUCAUGUGGAGGCAGCACGUCAAAGACGGCUUUCUCUAGCUGCAAAUGAACGCCUUUCCUCACCUCAAAUGGUUCGAGCUAUUUUUUUUGCUGGUCCCAACUGUCAUGGCAAACAGCUGCACAGAUGGAUUCUUCCUGCAAGAUGGCAACUGUUCUGUCUGCCCAGCGGGUAAGUAUGCAGACAGCCCCGGAGCGUCCAGUUGCACCGAUUGCCCUCCAGGCACCUACAUCUCUGAUGACGGGGUGGAGUGGAGGCUCCACGUCUCCGUCGACCUGUGCUUCUCGUGCCCUCCUGGUCGCGCUUCCGAUUCUUAUGCAGCAUCGGCUUGUGUGGAGUGCAUUCCUGGGAAGUUUGCAAACGACCAGGGCUUUACCGAAUGCUCAGACUGCUGGUCCGGUUCAGCGCCAAAUCCAGGCACCAUCGAAUGUGAUCCUUGCUCUGCAGGCUAUGUCCCAAACACGAAUCGGACGGCAUGCGAGGCUUGCGCCGCAGGAAAGAGCAGCGCGGAUGGCUACUUCUGCUAUGACUGUUACUGGGGCCAGGUGUCUGACUCAGGAUCUUCAAGCUGCACCACCUGUGGGGCGGGAACGUAUGCGAAUUCCACCACGAAUGAGUGCGUUGAGUGCGAAGGUGGAAAGUACUCAUAUGGAGGGUCAACAGAAUGUUGGCCCUGCUGGCAGGGGGCAGCGGCAAGCGCCGGUAGUGGAGAGUGUUAUGCAUGUCCUGCUGGAAAGUAUUCACUUUCCCAGGCUAGUGAGUGCUUGAAUUGUACUGCCGGUACCUACUCCUCCUCCAAUUCUGCCUUUUGUUGGACGUGCCCGUCGGGGGCUGUUUCAGCGGAGAGUGCCUCAGAGUGCCAGAACUGUGGGGUGGGGUGGUACGCCAAUGACAAUGCCACAGAAUGCGUCGCAUGUGCGGCUGGAAAGUAUAAGAGCGCAUGGGACUACACUUGCUGGGAUUGCUGGCAAGGCGCAUAUACGUCGGAAGGUAGCAGUUCAUGCAGCUAUUGCCCACCUGGCAAGUACGGUUCAGCAGACUACACUACAUGCAUACAAUGUCCAGCAGGGAGAUUUACACGCUGGGAAGGAAUGGGGUCUUGUAAUACAUGUAGAUUUGUCGUUGGCGAAAAUCAGACUUCUUGCAACAGCUGCGAGCCGGGCCGCUACCUGUUCGGUAAUGAGACCAAAAGUUGUGAACUCUGCGAGCCUGGUCGAUAUGCUCAAGGCUAUGGCAAUAUGAUUUGCAGAGCCUGUCCGAGAGGCAGGUAUUCAAGCAACACGGGUCUGACGUCCCCUGGUGAGUGUACAGGAUGCCCUGGGCUGGCAACUCUUGCAGAUGGCGCCACCUCCAUUCAAGAUUGCAUCCUUCCGACAGCAAAUCAGACCUUCUCAUGUGCUCGAGGUAAGUCCUGUACGAUUCUGGAUGUGGAGGGCAGCAAUUUUCAAAAUAACCAUGGAAUGAUGGCCAAAUAUUCCACAUGCGAGUCUACUGGAGAUUAUGGAGGCACCAGUGCAUAUGGAGAUGGUGGCAUGGGUGGAUAUGGUGGCAUGGGAGGAUAUGGUGGCAUGGGUGGAUAUGGUGGCAUGGGUGGAUAUGGUGGCAUGGGUUAUGGUGGCAUGGGUGGUGGCAUGGGUGGAUAUGGAGGUGGGUACUCAGGGGGAGGAGGAUACAUGCGGCGAUUGCAAGGCAGCGGCACGCCAGUUGAUGGCUUUGGCGACUUCGGUGACACCUCGCCGGGUUCCACAAAUUUUACUUGGCCACACGAUUUGACUGCAGCUGUUGGCACUUACCGGCUGUGUUGGUGCGGGGGUGUGACUCAGCAGUGUUUUACCCCAGCGAGCUAUUCGGUGGAUGCCGGAUCGAUUCUGGUGUUAGGUCCAUAUCCCGGCCAGGUGUUCUCAUGCGUAAUUGGUCGCCAUUGUGAUCAGGCUGGUCCAAUGAUGGGGCUCGGCCUGACAGGCACAGAUGUCAUCCACGUGCGGGCGCAGUGCACCCUUGAGCUGGCAAGCGAAAUCAGUGUACCAAUGGCAGUGACUGCUAACGAAACUUCAAGCGGAACUGUUCUGUUCUUUGGCGUGGAAGGCACAUUGUGGCAACCAACUGGUGAGUACGCCCUUUGCUGGUGCUCCUCGACAGGCGAGAGUUGCAGCUCCAUGGAUUUGGUUUCCGUCUACUUGGAGGCGGAAGGAGGCACGCUGCAAAUCCAAGGGCCCGCUGGAGGAGAAUCUGUGUACUGCUACAUUGGCCAGCCGUGUUCUGCCACUCUGCAAAAUGGCGGGACCAGCUUGGUGGCUGGUGACCGGCUUUCCUUCAUGCAGCAGUGCGGUUCCGGAACCUUCUUGAAUGGUCUUCCCUCACCUGGCUACGCUGACACACAAGAUGGUCUCAACUUUGUCUUCUCUGCCACUUCCAACCCUUACCUCACUUCUGAUCCUGGCAUGUUCCGAGUCUGUUGGUGCAGGGCGGAUGCAUCCCUGGGCAUGAGCUGUGACAAAGGCAGCGACUUCAACGUCGCUGCUGGCCUAUUUCUGGCAGUCGGGCCAUACACAGGGCAGUCCUCCACCUGCACUCGAGGCCAGAAUUGCGCCGUGACGGGCUUGCGUGGCGUCAGUCUUGCUGCCACAGACAGGCUGGUGCCAGUGGCCGCGUGCGGCGCGGCCUUGCCUACAGCCACAUUCGGGGCCCAGGCACCGGUUGGCAGCACUGUAGAUCCUGCGACAGGGUCCUAUACUUUCAACCUAGGGGACCUGCUGGAGCUGGGCGGCCCAGAACGAGUUGAGCUGUGUUGGUGCGCCAUCACGCCAAGCACAGACUGUGAGUCGGUGGUCCAAUACCGGAGCCUUGCGAUGGAGUUGUGGGUGGAGUGUGCUGCGGGGUUUUACGACCUCGACGGUGAGACCCAGAUUUGUGCCGUGUGCAGUCCGGGUCAUUACUGUUCUGGCGGGUGGCCGGCCACCUUGAGCAGCUGCCCCGCAGGCAGCACUUCGCCAGCUGGUUCAACCAGCUCAGCAGCUUGUGUGUGCAGGCAGGGCUACUACUGGGAUGAUGUGGUUGCCGCGUGUUUGGCAUGCGCGGCAGGUUCCUACAAGGGUGAAGUUGGCAACUUGGAUUGUCAGGGAACCUGCCCACUAGGGACGACGUCCUCAGUAGGAGCUGCCAGCUUGCGAGAGUGCAGUUGCGAGGGAGAUGCCAUUGAUACAAAUCCAGAUCCAGACAUCUUUGAAUGUACUGACUUGAUGACGUUGUCAAGCAACUUCAGCUAUACAAUCUAUGCUGCAUCGCAUGCAUCGGCAUCUGCGUUCACAGCACAUUUGUCGAUCACAGAUGCUUCCACAGAGGCCUUGCUACAAGAAAUUUAUUCUGCUUUGGCAACCUACCUUGGAAUAUCAACCGAACCGAAGCUGGCGCUGGAUGUGCGCGCAGAAUUUGACGACCGGUCGAACCAGUGGAAUGCCAUUCUGGAUGUGACAAGCUCGGAGGAUGCUCUUGCGCAGCUUGUGCAAUCCAAGUUGGGCGCCAACGAGUUUGCUGCUUGGCUCUUUAACGACAUGAAGGGGACAGCUUUGGACGGAGCUGUGCCAAUCUACCUGGAGCCAAUAGAGCUUUGGUCACUCCAGUGCCCAGAGGGACUGGGCUUUCCGGCUGGUCAACUCAUGUCCGGCCUGGCUGACUGCAAGUGCCCACAUGGCAGGCAGCCGGCGUCCGCCCUACCCGGUCUCAAAGGGGGCUGUGUGAAAUGUCCCUUGGGCCGGUACAAGUCGGCAGUUGCAGACGUUGAGUGUGCACAGUGUCCCACUGGACAGUUUCCUUUGACCACACUGCAGCAGGGCGCUAUAUCUUACUCUUCCUGUACCUGUUCUGCUGGAUAUGUGAGCGUAGACCCCGCAAACCCCUCUAGUUGCCAAGUUUGCGGGCAGGGUUAUUUUUGCCGCGGUGGGGCUCACAAGGCUGCAUGCGGCCAGUCUCAGACAACUCCAAAUGAAACGGCAGCAAGUCAGGACCAGUGCCUGUGCUCCGCUGGAUUUUACAAUGAGCUUGGUAUUUGCAAUGCCUGCGAGCCAGGGUUCUUCAAAGCAGAAGUUGGCAAUGCACCUUGCCAAGCUUGUGCUGCCGGAAGCUUCUCAGGCCUUGGCCAAGAAGCAUGCGAAGCCUGCGAUGCAGGCCGCUACUCAAUUGGCGGCCUGCCGAGUUGCGAGGCUUGCCCAGCAGGCCGCUAUUCCACUGUAACCUCGGCAACGUCGCUGGACGACUGUGUGCUGUGCGGGACAGGCAAGUUUAGCAAUGACACAGGAGCGAGCACACCGGCCCAGUGCAAUGACUGCAUGCAGGGCUCAACAACAGUUGUGACUGGAGCUGACGACGCCAGCUUCUGUGUGCGCCCGGACGCUGUCCAGACUCGGCAGUGCAUAUCAGGCAGAGCUUGUUUUGCUGAAAGCGUUAGCGGAUUUAGCCUACAAGAUGGCCACCGUUUGGCGAUAUCCACAAGUGAUUGUGGCGGUGCGAAAGCGGAAGUGGCAAAUGUUCCAAACAAUGGAAUUUCUCAGCCGGCUACUGCUAAUGGCACGCGGUAUGAAUGGGGUGGCUGGUGGGCAGCUGCCUUCACUCCGCAGGGCGGUUGGUAUAACUUGUGCUGGUGUGCCAACAUCGAUGACCUCGUCUGCGACAAUUUGAAUGCCAAUUUCGUUCUGUCAGCGGGGACUCUCCUCGUUGUAGGGCCAGUUGCAAACCAAUUUGAGUGUGUCCGCGGCUCGGACUGCGUUGGCCUGCAGCCUUUUGAAGGAUAUGACCUAUCUGCCGAUGACAUCCUUCUUCAGCGCGAUUCCUGCGGCCUAGACUCAGUAAUUGCCAUUUCGCCAUCCAAUGUGCUUGGCCGGGGUAGCUUGACCCCACUCAGCAGCACAGGGAGCUUCACACAAAUGGUCCUGGCAUUUGGCACCUCUGAUGCGCAGAACGAUCAUCAUCUUCAGCUUGAUGCAAAUUUGGCUGGCUAUGUCAUGUGCUGGUGCACCACCGGGGGCGGCGAGUGGGAUGCCUGCACCAAUGCAGAAGACUUUGCGGUCAAUGGUGGGCGCUUGAGCGUUCUCGGCCCCAACACCAAUCAAGAGAGCGGAUGUGCUGUAGGCCAGCCAUGUGCUGUUUGGGGAAUCACAGGAGCAAAAAUGCUACCAGGCGACCGCAUGAUGAUUUUGUCAGAUUGUGGCAGAGGAAGUUCGGUUCCUGGUUUUCCAUCAGCUGGCAUCAUGGAGACAGGUGAUGGAAGUGACUUUGCCUUUCUAGGUGACGGCAGCAAGACGUUACUUUCCGUGCCUGGUAUUUUUCGUAUGUGCUUCUGCAGGCCAGCGGCAAGUACUCAAACAUGCACAGAGUCAAGUGCCUUUAUUGCGAGCAUGGGGCUCAUGACGGCAAGUGGCCCUUUCGCUCAGACAACAGACUGUUACUUGGGCAGCUCCUGUACAAUUCCUUUGUCUGGGAUUGGUCUGUCUGCUGGCGACUGGCUGUGGGUGGUUGAUGGCCCUUGUGGUAAUGCUACUGGGAUGGUCGAGAAAGGCUUCCCCGACCUGGGAACUCCCUUGCUGCUGGCAGACAUUGGGGGUCUGCAAGUCACGUUGGGUUUCUUGCCGCUGACCGCCCUCCCAGGGCUGUACAAUUUGUGCUGGUGCCCACAAACAGCCGGCUGCGACACGGUGUCCCUCUUCCAGGCUCCAGCCGGCCAUUUGCAAGCGGAUUGUCCUGCCGGCAGCUUUGCCAUCAGCACCUCCUUAGGCCUGAACUGCGAGACGUGCACCAGGGGCUACUAUUGCAGAGGAGGACGGCCAGAAAGCGCCACCAGAAUUUCUUGCCCUGCAGGGCAAACCACUGUGGAGUCCGGUGCAGUUUCGAGCAGCGCUUGCAUUUGUGCAAGCGGUUUCGCGCCUGAUGCCUUGGCUGGUACUUGCACAGCCUGCGCCAUCGGUUCUUAUAAGGCUUCUAUUGGCAACAGUGAGGAAUGCACACCAUGCCUAGAUGGUGAGACGACCUAUGAAGCAGGCUCAGUCUCGAACACAUCCUGCAUUGCUGUGCAGGCCUUCUCGGGAGGCACAGAUGUCAAUGCUUCUGAAAGCCUUCUUCAACAAAGCGAAAGAGAAGUCCCAGCAGUCUCGUUCAAUGUAUCGCUGGCGAAUUUUCCCACCACCGACGAUCCUGCGAAGAUUCGGCAGCAGCUCAUAGAAAUGCUCCUGGCCAGCUUGUCAGCGACCACCAGGCUGGAUCCAUCUGCAAUCCAAAUAGAUUUUGCGAAUUCAACCAGUCGGCGGCUACAGGGUGCAUCAUCCAUCGUCAUCACAAUCAAAACCCGGACCGCUUCAGAAGCAAAGUCUACAGCAUCUGAUCUAGCAGCUGAUGUGUUGACCAACGAGAUUGCAAAUGCCGUGCAGCUACAUCCGACGCUGUCUAGCACAGGCAUCCAGCUCGACUUGACGUCCGCACCAGUAAUCACCUCCACUGUGGUGAAGUGCCCGGCAAGACGCUCAGUGCCUCCAGGCGUACCUGUUCUCAGCUCAGCUGACUGUCAAUGCAGCCCGGGAUAUGGCUACAACCCUGCAACUGCCACAUGUGACUCCUGCACGCUGGGUGAGUACAAGGCGGUGGUUGGGAACGGUAUUUGCUCCAGGUGUCCCACACUCAUGUCGACGCUGGUCACCGGGGCAACUUCACUCCAGCAGUGCCAGUGUCAGGCAGGCACCUACGCAGAUGAAGCUGGAGAUUGUGCAGAUUGUCAGCCUGGAUUCUAUUGCCCCGGAACCGGGAGAGCAAUGCGAUGCCCACAGAAUUCCACUACAGUGACCAUAGGCAGAUCUCCAUCUGACUGUAUCUGUGAUGCUGGCUACUAUUUUGUGGCUGUCAAUGGGUCUGUUGACACCAAUUGUCGGCCAUGCGCCCGCAAGACUUACAAGCCAAACAUCGGCAACGGGGAAUGCCCCCUGACCUGCCCGACCAACGCAGACAGCGAGCCAGCGGCCACCAGCCUGGAUGACUGCUUUUGCGAUGCUGCCUUCCACGCAAGCUUGGAUGCCAGCACUGGUCAGCUGGUCAGAUGCAUGCCAUGCAACUUCCAGGGCCUUGACUGCCGGGGGGGUUUUGAGAAUGCGACCGUUGACGAAAAUGGGACUGCAUCAGCAAGGGUCCAUGCUCAGCCAAUUGCACUGCCGGGCUUCUUCCAGACCGGGCUCACCACAGCGGUGGAGUGCGACGUGUUCAUGCCCGAUGGUCCGUCAGCCUGCUUUGGCGGGGAACCCUGUGUGUCUCAAAGGGUGGGUCUCCCUGCCCCCGCUGGCUGCGACGGGGACUACGGAAACUCAUGUGGAGAAGGCUCCAGAGGCAUGCUGUGUGGCGAGUGCCCCCUUGGCUGGGCAAGAGACGACUACCCAGACUAUUGCCAGACUUGCCCUGACGGUGCAGCCAGUGUUCUCACAUUGGGCAUCCUCUCCGACAUUGUUCAAAAGACCUCCUUGAACUUUGUCGUGGCGGUGAUGGCCGCCAACUCUGCCGUGAAGGGUGGCUCGAAGCUGCACACGAGCAUGAUCCGCAUUGGCACGCAGUGGCUAGCUGCUUGCUCUGUGCUCACCGAGUUCAACCUGGAUCGUUUACCUGGCUUCGGCUGGUCUCAGGAGCAGGAAAAGUUGGAGCAGCUGCAAUCCUGUGCGGACUCAAAUGUCACAGACUGCGAAAUCGGCGAGGCGAGCAAGUUUCCUUGGCCAAAGGAGGUCACGGACGCAAUGGAUAGCGUAUUCAAGUUCAUGGGCCUGAUGCCAAAGUUAGCCACUGUGGACUUUGCAGCGAAGUGUCACGCAGAGGUGCUUUUGCCUGGAAACAUUUAUGCGAAGAUGGUGGCCCCAGGCAUGUACUUUGUCAUCAGCCCGCUCCUGGCUCUGAUGGGCUGCUAUGCAAUUUGCGCCAUAGUGGUGUAUACUCUAAUCCCACUGGCAAACAAGAUUGGCGUGGAAUUCAACGACGUGGCCAAGAAGAAGCGGAAGCGUGCGCAAGCUGUCCGGAAGCUGAAGCCGGUGCUGGAGCCGAAGCUCGGCUCUUGGGGCUUGGCCUGGCCGGACCUCCAGGCAUCUGGGCUCCUGGAUACUACCGGCACUUGGAGCUUGGAGCAUGCCGCCAUGGAACCAGAUGCCUUCAUUUCAGGCACCAUGGCAUUUUGCAGCCAAUUGGCCCGGAAGAUGUGCUUGCAUAAGGUGCAGAAUGAGCCUCAGGCUGUUGCUUUAUGCGCAGAAGUUCAACUUAAUUUGGAUGAUUUGUGUGUCAACCCUUCGCUUUUGAUGCGGGACAUCGGCGAAGAGAGUUUGCAGGAUGCUGUGAUUCAUCAGAUGAGCCCGAGCAUGGUCGAAACAUUCGUGCUUCGAGCCCUCGCCUGGGACAUGCGGAAGAAGUUUCGGGAGAGUGCAGAGAACCAUGGCCUGGAUGUGGAAGAAGUGGUGCUUGCGGUGGCUGCAGCGCACGACAGUCCUGAGGAGCUGCGCAGGGCAGCGGUGGACAGUAGAAGCUUUCUCCAGGAGAUUGAGGUGGAGUGCCAAGAGCUGAGGCAGAGGAAGGCCGAGAGGACAUUGGAGGUUGCGAUUGCAACCGGGACAGAGGCUGAAGAGGAGCAAGAGUUUAGAGGCAUUGACCUGGAAUCUUUGAACUUCGGUUUGUUCACCUCCUUCCCGCGACCAUUCCACCUGCUCAUGCAGUGCAUUCCAGUCUUCUGGGUCACACUGCUGGCCAUGUGGCCUGACCUCCUGUCCAACUUUCUAAAGAUGAUUUGGUGCAAGCCUGUCUCAGAGGACAAUGCCCAGGGCUUUACCAUUGUGAAGCAGCGCAUGCUUCCAAGCCCUGACGUGGUGUGCUGGAGUGCGGACCACUUCUUUCUGGCGCUGCUGGCGUGCAUUGGCCUGGGCAUUUGGUGUGCCGGGGUGCCCGUGCUCUUGUUCUUGCGGCUGUGGAGGCUGAAGGACCGGCAGAGCCCGGAGAACUUCAGGAAGUACGGGUACUUCAUCCAAGGCUACGAGCCCCAGUUCUGGUGGUGGGACAUCCUCGUGAAGCGCUUUGACAUUGGAUUGAUGAACAUUGUCACCUACACAUCAAUCGCGACAGAUGAGAAGGCAAAGCUCCUGCUCUUCCCAAUUAUCUCGGGAUUUCAGCUUGGCCUGUGUGCCUGGUGCCAGCCCUUCACGAACACACAGGCCGAGAUUCUGGACUUUCUGGAGAUGUGCCUACUCAGCUUUCGCUUCACCUUGUUCAGCAUGAUUGCCAUCAUGCUGAUUUUCAACCCCUCUGAAGCUGCAACCUGGAUAUUGGCCUCACUCCUUGCAUUAAUGCUGGCAUGCGUUUGCGGCUACUUUGCCGUGCACGUGGUGGCCCAAUUCCUCCGGGGGUCUGCUGCGGACAUGAUGGAAAGCGAUGAGGAGCUGGACGAGGACGCAGCAAGGGAAAAAAAGAAGAUGAGGGCUGCUCAAGCGAGGAAGCAGAAUGUGCUUGUUCGUUUGGCAGGGAAGAUGCAGAAGCUGCUGGUGCAUCGGCUGCUGCCUUUAUUCCAGGAGACUGAUGAGGAGAAGCUCUUCCUGGAGUGGUCUGCAACCGGUGACAAGGUGUCGUUGGUGAGUGCUGCCACCAUUAAAAAUGCGAAGCCUUCAAGCAAGCGCGGCGGCCUACGCUGGAUGGUGUCAGGGCUCAAAUCGGCCAGAGCCACAGUCCUGCGUUUUGGCUCCGGAGUUCAGCGCCAAGUCUUGGUCAAGGCCUUGACGGAAUUUGGCGGGCUUUGGAUGGAUGAAUUUGACCAGGCUAGCAUGCCAGUCGACGUUGUGCAAGUCCUUUGCGCAUUGACAAGUACCUCCAGACUCGUGCCUUACAAGACGCCUUUGCCGGAAACUGGCGCCAAGUGGAAGCAGCAAGUGGACAACUUGCUGGAAGCCGAGCAUCAUGCCUUCUACGUGUCUUUGGAUGACGUGCUUUCUACAACGCAGCGGCUGCAUAAGCUUGGCACAGAUGCUGUCAUCCUAGUUGAGAAGGUGCAGGCCACCUUUCAGGCAAGGAAAAAACGACAGAUGGAGGCUGAGGAAGCAGCGAAAAGGCAGCGAUUGGCAGAGGAAGCUCAAGCGGCCUACAUUGAAGGCCAGGAGAGCAGAUCUCUAGAGGAAGCUGCGCUUGCGCUUGCGAACGAGGCGGAGCCUGUAAAGGUGAUGAAAGAGAUGGCGGUGCAGACCCUCGUCAAGUCAGCAAGCAGACUCAAGCCUUUGCCUUUAGCGGCAGGUGAUCUGUCAGAUCUUCAAGGGCAGGCACAUGCGGAACACCCAGAUCGUUGCAUCUGUGUGAGUGCAUUCACCAAGUCGAGGUAUGUCUAUGCCUGUUUUCACUGUCAUGCUAGGGCAACUUGAUACUCUGCUGCCUUUGCUUCUAGCCCUGUGGCCGUCAAAAAGCUAGCAUUGAGCUACUCAUGCCACCAAAUCCCACACUUAUCGAUUUAUCCUAGCUGUCUUUCCACUGCACGCCAGGAUCAAUCGACGACUCUUCUUUGAGGCGGCUCGGGGUAAUUGCUGUUUCUUUGCCGCUAAGGUAGGAAGGCUGAGGACAGGGACUUUUUCGAUUCUCAUCCUCAGCCAAUUUGUUUCAAAUCAACUUUCUCAUUUGUAUUGACUGAGCUGCGCCGGUGGCAACAUUUUCUAGUCUUUGCUCCAGACAGCUAAUGACAAGCUGCUUGGGCUGAACUUCCAGCCACAGAGUGGACAGUUUGCAAUCGUAUCAGCGGAGAGCUGAUUUCGUUUCCUGAGGUAUAAAUCUCAUCAUGAUCACACGGCCUAAGGCCCCAGUUUUAUGGACAAUGGCCCGUGUGGUGUGCGUGCCUGCUAUGUCGUCACCAAGUCUCAUAUGUGCAGCACGUUUGUUUGACCUGGAGGUAUUUUCCAUCAGAGCUCUGUCAAGUGCACAGGCUUGCAACAUUGUUUCUUCCCUCCAUUUGAAAGCUCUCCAGCCAAAGGCGGGGCAGCAGAAUUCAGGUGUUGUGAAGCUUGAAAGAUACGUC